CUUCCGCAUAGAAGAAGAAGAAGAAACAACUACAAUGAAGUUGUUGAUGAGCUCUGUGUCAACUUUGGCUCUUAUUCUUUUCACGGUGCUGGCAACAAUCCAUUCCUCCCAAGCGCAAAACGCGCCGCAAGACUACGUGAACGCCCACAACGCCGCCCGUGCCCAGGUGGGCGUCGGGCCGAUCGCCUGGGACGAAACCGUGGCGGCCUUCGCCCAGAACUACGCCAACCAGAGGAUCGGCGACUGCAAUCUUGUGCACUCGGGCGGCGGCGGGAUGUACGGGGAGAACCUGGCGAAAGGCGGUGGCGACUUCACGGGGAAGGCGGCGGUGGACCUGUGGGUAGCGGAGAAGCCGUUCUACGACUACAACUCGAACUCGUGCGCGGCGGGGAAGCAGUGCCUGCACUACACGCAGGUGGUGUGGAGGAACUCGGUGAAGGUGGGGUGCGCUAAGGUUAGGUGUGAUGAUGGUUUUUGGGACCGACCACCACGUGCUACCUCUGCGACUGGACCUCGGGAAUGGAACCUCGGACUCGGGGAUGUCGGACCUCGGGUGUAGGACCUGCAAGACAAUGGAGGGCCGGGGCUUGGAUCCCCCGGGGUGGACUCCGACGCUCAAAUCAGUAGAGUGAAUGCAGGUAGUAGUAAAUGAGAGAGCUGUAGAGUUUGAAUAUACCUGGCGAGAGUCCUUGUCUUUUAUAGGCGAACCCGUUUUGGGGUACCCGAGAUGAGCGGGCACGACCCCCGAGAAUUCUGGUCAGAUUGGAACGGGUCUUGCGGUUCGGCCUAGAUUUCUCGGGCUCCGCUCCGGAGUGUUGACUUGCCACGUGUCGGUCUCUCUGGUGAUCCACGUGGCUGGUGAGACUAUUAGUGCGUAUGAAUAUUCUAGUAAUUUUAGGUAAUGCCACGUCAAGGUGCAACAGUGGCUGAUGGUUCAUCACCUGCAACUAUGCCCCUCCGGGCAACUACGCCGGCCAGAAGCCUUACUGAAUGGAUCUAAUAAUCAACCAUCUAUAUAUGAUCAUGCAUGCAUACAUGGUUAACUAGCUAAAUGAAUAAAACUUGUAAUGGUGAAAAGGAAGCGAUAUAGAUAAAUAAAUAAAUAAAUAAUUUUAUUUUACUGGAGGUA